GCUCCGGGGCGGGGCGCGGGCGCCCGGAGGCGGAGAAGCCGGGAGGCGGGAGGCGGGAGGCGGGAGGCGCCGGGGCCGUUUAAGCGGCCUCCCUCCCGCCCCCAGCCGCGGGUCUGGCCACGGCCCUGUCCCGACCCCCGCCGUGGCCCACUCCAGCGUUCCCUGGUCGAGCGGCUCCGCCAGGGUCGCGGGCGGCCUCCGGAGCAGCCCAAGCCCAUGAGGGCCGCGCGCCCCGCCGCCGGCGCUGACGAGACGGAGCUCCUGGCCCGCGCGGAGGAGCGGAGGAUCAAUGCGGUUCCAGAGCCGAUUCCAGCGGUGAGAGCGCGCGCACGCCUGCCGCGCCUGCGGGGAGCUGGUCUCCGGGCGCCUCGUUUCAUGAACCAUCGGGCCCCAGCCAAUGGCCGUUACAAACCAACUUGCUACGAACAUGCUGCUAACUGUUACACACAUGCAUUCCUCAUUGUUCCGGCCAUCGUGGGCAGCGCCCUCCUCCACCGGCUGUCUGACGACUGCUGGGAACAGAUAACAGCGUGGAUUUAUGGCAUGGGUCUCUGUGCCCUCUUCAUCGUGUCCACGGUGUUUCACAUUGUGUCAUGGAAAAAGAGCCACUUAAGGACAGUGGAACAUUGUUUUCACAUGUGUGAUAGGAUGGUUAUCUAUUUUUUCAUUGCUGCUUCUUACGCACCAUGGUUAAAUCUCCGAGAACUUGGACCACUGGCAGCUCAUAUGCGUUGGUUUAUCUGGCUCAUGGCAGCUGGAGGAACCAUUUAUGUAUUUCUGUACCAUGAAAAGUAUAAAGUGGUUGAGCUCUUUUUCUAUCUCACGAUGGGAUUUUCUCCAGCCUUGGUGGUGACAUCAAUGAACAACACCGACGGACUUCACGAACUCGCGUGUGGGGGCUUGAUUUAUUGCUUGGGAGUUGUGUUCUUCAAGAGCGAUGGCAUCAUCCCAUUCGCCCACGCCAUCUGGCACCUGUUCGUGGCCACGGCAGCUGCAGUACAUUACUACGCCAUCUGGAAAUACCUGUACCGAAGUCCCACGGACUUCAUGCGCCAUCUAUGACCGGUCUGUUCUAGGUCUCCAAACCAGUAUUAUCUCCAUUAUGGCACUGGGGAGUGGGGUAAGAGGUGAAAGUUGCACAGGGCUAGGGGGAACAGCUGCACUGACUUCCUUUAUAUCCUUUGAAAAUAAUUACUGUGAACAUGUAAAAGCUGUGUUCUGGGAUUUCUUUUUCUCCGCUCACAGCAAACAAAUAAGGUAGAGAAUUAAUUCUUCAUUCCAUCCCACUGUCAUGAAGGACUCUGGAUAGAUUAGGCCAGCUGAUGUUUACAAAGCAGACUUUUAUAUUUUAAUUUUACAGGUUUUACUACAUGAUUUUUCUAAAUUCCUAGGGGAGGCUAUAAAAGUCAGUGCAAUAAGAUAACUUCCUUUUUAAUAAAAAAAAAAAUCGUUUCUAUCACUUUCCCAUUCACUGUGUAAAGAAUCAUGGACAGGACUUACACUACUCUUUACCAUGUUUCAUCUUGGCAUAACAUGGUUAUUUUUUAAAUAGAAACUUUAGGUUUUUGUAAAUUUUUAAAAAAAACAAUUUCAUUGAAGCACAUCUCUGUGGUUCCUCCUUCAUGUUGUAAAUUUUUACAGCAAGCAAUCAACAUUCCACAAUUAUACCUCUUCUGAUAGUUUUAUUAAAUGUGGAGAAGUUGCCAAUUUUUAAAAACUAGUUUUCCAAACUUUUCUGCCAACCUCUAACUCUGAAUUCAGUGCUGUUUUCGGCCACAUACAGGACCUAGUUUGGUUUACGAGUGAUGGAAAAGUAUUUUGAUAUCAUUCACUUUUUCAAAAGAUCCAACUUUUCUCUAUGCCUUUGCCGUGGUUUUUUUUUUUUUUUUCAAGAUCUCUUUCGGUAGUGGGUGAAUAUUCCAUCUGUCUUACAGCAGUCUUGUUGGGGUGGCAUCUGCUGAGCAUUGUGAAUUGCAACGAAUAAUUAUUUUUUGCCUGUUUGGUGCACAGUGGUGAAGUCGUUGUCACCUGGCUUUCCAGUACCUGUUUGAUACUCAUUUUAAAUUGUGGAGCUAGAUGCACAAAUUCACAUUCCUGCUUUUCUUCUGCAUCUCUCAGUAUAUUGCUUUUUGAUUUUGUUUUUAUUUUGUCACAGGAAAAAAUAUUUAAAGCAUUGACAAAUAGCAACUCAUGUCUCUAGUCCAUGAGUUAUAUCCUGACUCAGUGGAGUGGUAUUUAUAUAUGUAUAUAUUAUUGUUUUGGUUUUUCCUCGUUGUCUUAUAUUAAGAUUGCCAUAUUAGUUGCUCUAUUGGUGUUUUUAAGAAAUGAAAUUACCUUGCCUUUAGUUCAGGCGCCUGUAUCGCCUGUUUUUCUAGUAAUGGGCUUCUCACUGGAAUUGUCAAUUAACAAUAAGCUUAUUAACUGAAAAUUUAAUACUUUUGUCUCUUUAAAAGAGAAUUUAUUUGAUGAGUAUGUUUAGAACUGUUUGGUGAGGUGUAGGGGAAUGAGGAGCAGAAGAAUUGACACUUUCAGUGAAUUCUUUAAAAGGCAAGGUACCCAGUGAUGACACCCAACCCCACCACCCCUGUAUGCAUGAUUCUGAACAUAGGGAUGCCUGUUUUAUUGUGGACGUUUUACUUUUAAUAUAUUAACUUUUUGUGGAUUUAUUGAAAAUCUGCUCAAAAUUAACACUGUCAAAACCACUAAAGUAUAUGUAUAAUAAUGUGCUGUAAACUGAAAUAAAAUUGUUACUUGGAUUUA